AUGUUCAUUGAACUGGAUUGUCCUGCCAGUGUCAGAAAGCAAUUGGGGAAGCUGUUUGCAGAAUCUCUGAAAGUAACUGUGCCCAGUGAACCUGAUGUUGUGCCUUUAAUUGAUGCAUGUGUUGCCAAAAAUGGUGUAAAACAUGCUGAUUAUCAAUGUAACAACGCAAUGAGUCUUUUUGCUAAGAUUAAAGGGAAGCAAACGGAAUUCAAGAAUCCCCGUUCACUUGGAGAGGGCAUUAUGAAAAAUCUCCCUCCAUCAGAAAUGAUAGAAUCGUGUUCUGUUGCUGGUCCUGGAUUUGUGAAUAUUGUCUUAUCAAAGAAGUGGAUAGCACAGAGCGUACAACAGGUGCUUACUGAUGGUAUUGAUUCCUGGGCACCUCGACUUCCGGUCAAGAGGGUUAUGGUUGACUUUUCCUCUCCCAAUAUAGCAAAAGAAAUGCAUGUUGGUCACUUGAGGUCAACAAUUAUUGGGGACACAUUGGCACGGAUGCUUGAAUAUUGCAAGGCAGAAAGUCUUAUCCGCCGAAAUCAUAUCGGUGACUGGGGCACUCAGUUCGGGAUGCUGAUCGCAUUUCUCUUUGAGAAGUUUCCGAACCCAGAAGAAGUUAAAGAAUCUGAUAUCGGAGAUCUACAGGCAUUCUAUAAGGCCUCAAAAUUGAGGUUUGAUAGUGAUCCUGAUUUUAAGCUCAAUGCGCAGCAGUCAGUGGUCAAGCUCCAGGGAGGGGAUCCCAAGUAUCUCACAGCAUGGCAGCAAAUUUGCGAAAUCAGUAGGACUGAAUUUAACAAGGUCUAUCAACGCCUUGGAGUUCAUUUGGAGGAAAUGGCAGAGAGCUUCUUUAAUCCGUUAAUCCCUCCAACUUUGGAGAAACUGGAGAAAUUAGGGCUUAUUGAAGACAGUGAAGGGGCUCGUGUGAUAUUUGUUGAGGGUGUAGACAUACCACUAAUUGCUGUGAAAAGAGAUGGCGGCUUCAACUACUUUACAACCGAUCUAGCAUCACUAUGGUAUCGUCUGAAUGUCGAAAAGCUUGAUUGGAAUAUAUAUGUUACAGAUGUUGGUCAGGCGCAACAUUUUGACAUGCUUUUUAAGGCCUUUAAACGUGCUGGGUGGCUUCCAAAGGAUUCAAAUGAAUAUCCAAAAUGCACUCAUGUAGGUUUUGGUCUUGUUCUUGGUGAUGAUGGAAAACGAUUUCGGACUCGCAGCAGCGAGGUCGUUCGACUGGUUGAUUUACUUGAUGAAGCUAAAAGGCGCUGUAAAGUUGCCCUUCUUGAACGUGAUAAUGCUAAAGAAUGGACAGAGAAAGAGAUUGAGAAAACAUCAGAGGCAAUUGGAUAUGGGGCUGUUAAAUACGCUGACUUGAAGAUCAAUAGAUUGACAAAUUACACUUUCAACUUUGAUCAGAUGCUUAAUGAUAAGGGAAAUACUGCUGUUUAUUUGCUGUAUGCACAUGCUAGGAUCUGUUCCAUUAUCAGGAAAUCUGGUAAAGACAUAGAAGAGCUAAAAAAGAAUGGGAAUUUGGUGUUGGAUCAUGAAGACGAGCGUACGUUGGGUCUUCAUUUGCUACAAUUUACUGAGGUUUUUGUGGAGUCAUGCGCAAAUCUGUUACCAAACGUAUUAUGUGAAUACCUAUAUAAUUUGUCCGAGAUCUUCACAAAGAAAUUUUAUUCUAAUUGUCAGGUUGUUGGGUCACCUGAGGAAACCAGCAGACUUUUGUUAUGUGAAGCAACACUUGUUGUGAUGAGACACUGCUUCUAUCUCCUCGGAAUUGAACCGGUUUACAAGUUAUGA